UGGAGUCAGACACGGUCAGUAAACACAGUCGCGCCGCUCUGUCAUUGGUCAGUGUGCUGUUCAGCAGAAGAGCAUGUGGAGGUGUCCUCUAAUAUCACACUGCUGCUAUGCACUCAUAAGAGAACCUCACCAAGAGCAGAUUCUACAGAGGAACACUGAAGUGCACACCAGAAAGGAAUGGUGGGCUAUGAUCCAGACUCCCCCGGCGUGGUUCUCUCCCCAGAGGAAGCUGCUCUGGCCGGGUCAGCGGCAGGUAUGGUCACCCGUGCCCUCAUCAGCCCUCUGGAUGUCAUCAAAAUCAGAUUUCAGUUGCAGAUCGAGCAGGUGUCCUGGAGGAGUCGCCAGGGGAAGUACUGGGGUUUAUGGCAGGCCACACGCUGUAUUAUGACUGAAGAAGGACUUCCUGCUUUCUGGAAAGGUCACAUUCCUGCCCAGCUGCUGUCUGUGUGUUAUGGGGCAGUUCAGUUUGCGAGUUUUGAAGCCUUGACAGAGCUGGUCCAUAAGAAGACGAGCUAUAAGAGCCAGACACCAGGAGUGCAUUUCAUCUGCGGCGGUUUGGCCGCCUGCUCCGCCACCGUCGCCUGCCAGCCGCUGGAUACCCUCCGCACACGCUUCGCUGCUCAGGGCGAACCCAAGAUGUAUCGUAACCUCAGGCAUGCCGUGGCCACAAUGUUCCGCACAGAGGGGCCCUUCACCUUCUACAGGGGCCUCACACCCACCCUAGUGGCCGUGUUUCCAUACGCAGGCAUGCAGUUUUUCUUUUAUAAUAUCCUGAAGAAACGUCUGGAGCCCCAGGACACCAAAUCUAAAGGAGGUUUACACAGUCUGAUCAGUGGUAGCUGUGCUGGAGUCAUCAGUAAAACAAUCACAUAUCCCUUUGAUCUGAUUAAGAAGAGACUUCAAGUGGGUGGAUUUGAAGAGGCCAGGAUGAAGUUUGGACAGGUGCAGACAUAUCAUGGGUUUGCAGACUGUGUGGUGAGGAUCGGCAGAGAGGAAGGGCCCCGGGGUUUCUUUAAGGGUCUCUCCCCCAGUCUAUUGAAGGCCGCUCUGUCCACAGGCUUCACCUUCUUCUGGUACGAGUUCUUCAUCAAUGCCAUUGUCAGCCUCAAGAGCAGCUAGUGAGCAAUGAGAGAAACCCCACAGACGUCCUUGAGAGUCAUUUUAGAUCAUCAGAUGGAACUCAGUGUGUGUUUUCUGGUGUGUUGAUGUAUUAGGACGUAAAGUAAAGAGUAGCUGUAGCAGUAGCUGCUCUCAAAAUACAGGCACUGCUACAAAAGUCAGGAGCUGUUUUACCACACCAGAAAGACAGUUUUACCUCUGACUCGCUCUACUAAAGCCUUGAACUGAAGAAUCAGCUGAAAUGUACCUGUUUACGUGAAACAGUGAACUCUACCUCUUGUCUCUCUCAACUGGAGACUGGAAAACCAUUGUUACACAUAUUAAGAUUUUAAAUUUAAG